GUGCGCAUGCGCUGGGCCGGUCCACGUCUCGUCCGAUUAACAUCCUCAGUUGAAAUACCUCUUGAAAAUGCUGUCGUACAUAUAGAAAUCCAUAGCAAGCCUUUAAAAGAACAGUAUUUGACCUUGAGUAGUGUUAGCUAAAGCUAUUAGUCAUUUUACCAAGAAUCCACCGUCAAUUAUAUUUUUUAUUUUUGUCAUAUCAGCAAUGGAAUCGGACAGUUGCCAUCAACGAAACCAAUGUGAAGUAGCGACUGAGAGACACCCGACCACAAUUUUUGUGAGAAUUGCUCAUUCGUGAAUCUCGGAGGGGACAUGUUGGGCCAUUAACAAGCCGGAAGGAACGUGGAGAAGGACGUGAUAUAAGCUGCGUUGCCAAAGAUCCGUGAGAGAGUGCUGAGAAUGGCCAAGUUGGUUGGUGUUUACGAGGACGAGGCGGGUGUCAGGCUCGGCAGGAGGCAACUUCCCCUCUCCGUCUAUGAUAGCAAAAUAAUGACAAUGCAACUGGGGGAAUCGUGUGAUGGCUGUGAUGUUACCGGUAGCACUACAAAGCGGCGAUGUGACGAAUCCUUUACUAGACAGUAUAAUGCCCUGAGCAAGGAUGAAGUCGUGGCUGCACUGAUGGUUCCCUCUAAAGUGUUGUUCACGAGACUCGCUCAGACAGUAGCAUGUGUUGGCUGUCGGAGAAGUGUGGAGCGGCUCUUUAACCAGCUGAAGGACUCGGGUCACCCUGCGCUGGAGCCACUAGUAAUCACUAGCAAUGGGUUUCUCACUGUUCUUCGCAAGUAUGCCCUUCAAGCGAGAUCAUUAGGGGCCUUAUUUAGUGAUCAUGGGUUAGCUCUAAGUGUAGUGUUAGAUAACAUCCCAAAAUUGAAGAAGUCUGGACGGUGUGUACUUCAUUCCAUGGAGGGGGUGAGAUGCCGGCCUGGUGGACGUUCGUGGCGAGAUGUGUGGGAAGUGAUGGAUAGCACUUGCCGAGAUACUGUAACUCUUGUCUGUGCCGACCAUCUUUUGACCACGCUUGAUAACUACCUCCGUAAACAUCGAUUCUGUCAGGAGUGCAAGAACAAGGUUCAUAGAGCAUUUGAUAUCCUUGUGGGGCACAUUACCAUAGAUCUUGCUAAAGAAAAAGGAUACGUUGCCUCGCUGUAUGCUGGAAUUCGUCGAUGUGAAGCCAAGAGACACAUUCACGUGCCUGCUGAUACCGAUUAUAUUACUCAUAUCAUCACUAGAGCGGAGCCUGAACUUCAAGGCAGACGUGAAAGACAUGCUAAAACGUUAGAAAUAGCACAAGAGGAGGUAUUGACCUGCUUAGGACUGUUUUUGUAUGAGCGACUUCAGCGAAUCCAUACUCGAAUGCGUGAAGAGGAGCAGACAUGGGAUAUUCUCUUUCACGUGGCUUUGGACACUCUCAAAAGAAACUUUGAGCUGUACGUGGAAGACAAACAAGGCUAUUCAAAGUUUGAGAUGCUUUGUGAGGAACUCCAGAGACAAGAACUCAGAGAAAAGGCCAAAAAGGAAAAGAAAAAGAAGAAAAAGAAGAGCAAGAAAAAUGAGGAGGGGAAGGAGAACACUUGCCUUUGUGAGGAGGAUGAAGGAGGAUGCCGAGAGUGCGAACUCAACAUGUCAUCAUCGACAUGCUCAAGCCAACGUGCGACCCUCAUUAAUGCUACCAACAAACAGGUUGGCAGUGAAGCCUUCUGUCGAGGAGGUUCUCAUUUAGGGCCACCUAUAAGUAGCCCUCAUUUAGGUACUCUAGGAAAUGGUCAUAUACCUCCUGAUCAGACAGGAGUUAUUCCAAGGUGCAGAAGUGAGUGUGGAAGUAUGGAAGCUAGUGAUAUAGGUAGUGAACGCGGAAGCAGCGAGGAGAAGGAAAGCUGUGAUUCUAGCCCAGACCCUUAUCACCACCACCAUCACCACCACCACCACCAGCUCGACCACCAUCACAUCCAUCACCAUCACCAGCACCGAAACUCUCCACACCCACUAGAGUGCACAGCUUCAACGGACUCUCUUGUGUCUAGAUGCUCUCAGGGAUCACGAGAUGGGGGUUACUGUUCGGCCCACGGCUCUGGGGGCUCGUCACGGGAUUCCUCAGAAGUAGCAUGUGGCGAGGGUCUCUGUUCCCACCAUCAUGAUGAUCAUGUAGACGAAGGUCUCCAUCCUCACCACCACAGCCACUCUGAUGACCUUCCAGAUGAAGACCAAGUGGACCACAUGCAUCCUCCCCUGUCUCCGUUACUCCCGCGCCUUCAGCCAUUUACUCUGUCUCUACAGCAGAUGUUGGAUGACUCAAGGUGUGAAGAUGAAGAAAUUCCAGAGGCAGAAGUUCGUGCAUGGCGUGCACGGUUGGGAAUUGUGAAACAAAAACGAGCUGAGCUGCGUCAAACCCUGCGGCAGCGCUUUCAGCAGUUCUGUCACCGAGGUUGUGCAGUUGAAUCUGGCUCUUCAGUCACUGGGCAAGGUCAUCUUUGUCACCAUCUUGUGCAAUCUCCUCAUAGUGGCCUUCCUGUGCAGCAUGUUAAUGGUACCAAACCUCGUUAAAGUCAGUUGGAACUUGUCUAAGAAAAGGCUGAUUUUUAUUCGUAUUGUUGAAGUGGGUGUUAUUUUAAAUGAUGUGGAAAACUAAAUGGCUUUCAUGCAAAUUUAUGAAAUUGGUCAUUAGGUUUGUCUAAGGCUCAACAUCUUUGGUUAUGUGUUAAUAAAAGAAAUUGAUGCAAAAUCUGAGCGAAUAGAAGAAUCUAGUAAUGAUUAAAUAUUUAAUGUUGUGACAGUCAUAGUAUUGCAUAUUACGGCUUCAUCGCCAUUUGUGGUUAAAGACAACCAACCAAAGUUGCCAUAAACUUUAACUGAUUUUUUAACGAGUUGACAUCGGAAAUGUUCUUAAGAAAUCUGGAAUAGUUAAUGUGUUUAACAAAAUUCAGAGCAAAAGUAGUAAAAUACCGCAUCUCUUGAGUUGUUUUCUUUAGCAUUUUGUGCUAAACAGCAAAAUUGUCUUCAGUAAUCCCAUCAUUUAGAGUGGCUUUAUUUGCGAUCACGUUAGCAUUGGAACUGUCAAGCUGACAAAGGCAUUACACAAGUCACAAUAUUUCUACUGCAAGUGUCUUGGGGUUUAUUGUGAGAUGAACCACAGCACAUAAGAUUUGUUUGCUCUUGCUAGUUCAGGCCUACAUGGAGAUAUUUUCUAUUGUGAAAAAUUCAAUAUUACCUACAGUACGAGUGAGAUAAUUCAGCAUAAAGAUGAAUUAUCCUCAAACAUUCCUUCUCUAAUAUAGCGUAUGGCUAUAGAUACGUGCAUGGAAUUUUAGUGCAUUUUAUGGGGUUCAUUUGAGAGCUUUUUAUGGAAAUUUUUUCAGGAACUGUACUAGAUAAUGUAUUAAUUCAUGUGAUAAUUGAGAGACUAGAGGUGAAGGAAAUUAUGUUUAUUUGGUUAGACUGAGGUGAAGAGCAGCUAGACUGUUAUUUCCAUUUCUUCCAGUCUGUUAUAAUGGCAGUGCCGUUAUUAUGUAUGUAAAUGAUGAUGGCUGCACCUCAAUGUUCUGUGCAAGAUGGCCUUCUAAUUAUCCUCUGCACUAAAAUCCCUUUUUUAUGUCUUCUAUAUUUUCCUAUUGUUCUGUCAGUUUAUAUCAGAGAUAAGAUUUUGAGGUAUAGUACAUAAAAGUUUAUGUUCCCUCAAAAUGAGAGGCAAUAUGAAGCAAAACAUUCAGUAUGAUUUCUAAAAAAAAAAAUUGUGAUCAUGAGCUUUAAGAAUUUAAAGCUCAUUAUAUAUAUUAUAUCACUAAAUGCAUUAGAGUAACACUACCAGCUAUGGUUAUACAUAGCUGAUGAUUUAUCUGGUGUAGGACAGAAAAGAUGGAACAACAUUCCUGCCUUGUACUAAAUAAUGGUUUGAGAGCAAGGAGGUUAUCAAGAUACCAGAUACCCACCCGUUAUAAAUAUUCCAUACUUGGGAAUAAAAUAAACACAUGGCUGUGUUGAAGUAUGGGAUGUCAUAACAGACGUGAGAGGUUAGGUGUUGGGACAAAGAAAUAUGAAUAUAUAAAAUAGAUAUGCUGUUGUUAAAAA